CACACACACACACACACACACACACACUCAUCUCUAUUUAUCUAGCCCUCUCUCCUAUACCUCUCUCCCACCCAUAUUCCCUACCAACCCUCCUCCCACUGUGAUGUUAAAUAGAUUACAGGGGGUUCACUUAUUCAAAGACCUGGACAAAAGCUGUGCAUGUGUAUUUUUGGGUCGGCUUAGAUCAACAAAACCCACACAUUGUGAGCACCUAACUGGAGGAAUCCAAUUACAACGUACCGCACUGCUCAGCCAAGUCCAGCCAAGCUCAGCCCGUUGGCUAGGGUCUGGACUUCUCACAGUUCCAAGAGAGAGUUCCUAAUUUCAACAGGACAGCAGCUUCAGGACAUCAACCGCUGAAGCAUCCCUGCCUGAGCCGGCUGCAAGACUAGGAUCAUCUUACGCCGUCUAUAUCCUGGUAAAUUUCUUUCUUUCUAGGAGACGGGAGCCUCACAGAGAGCUCCACACACCGGCCCCCAAGCUGUCUCUUCGGCUGCUUCCCUCGAUCUUUAUGGACAAUGAAGAUGAUGAUGAUGGGAACUUCACCAAAUGGAUGAGCAGUUACUGGGGGCAUGGAGUAAGGGAGGAGCAGGCCAAGGAACGGAAGAGGAGCUUCAGGAGGCCAUCACGCAACAAAGUUGACAGGCGUGCCUCUUUACCCUGCAUGUCUCAGCUAGAGGCCAUGCAGUUGAAUCAGUUCCACACCAACACUAUGCCUCCUGCCCCCAUCCACCCAAAGACCCAUGAGGAGAAGGAUGUGCGCUCCCACCCUCGUGCCCGCCGUGUAUCUUCAGACGAAAUCAGCCGAGCCAAAGUGGGAGGAUCUGAAUGUCACAUCACCACUAUUCCAGAGCUCUCAGAGUCCUUAGAGAAGAGACUGCGUUUCCACAACCAGAAGGUGAUACCAAUGGGUGAUGCAGAUUGUAUAUGUCAUAUGUGCCAUGAAGAUUUACAGAAAGGAAGGAGUGGCAUCCAAGAACUUCACUGCGCCCAUCCUUUCCAUAAACAGAUUGGGAAGGCAAAAUGGCCAGAGCACAGUGCACGUCCACGUAGUGGGAGUUCUGCAGCUGCAUGUGAUCGAGGGAAGGAGGUUCCAUUCUGCCCUGGACAGGAGGAAUAUAGUUUGCCCCGUCGCCAACUCUCUUUACGCAGACAGCGUUGAUUGUUUUGAGUGUAGUGGCUAUGCCUGGAUACAUACCAACAGUACAUCAACUAAACAGUAAUCACUCUGUGUAUUAUAAAAAAUCUCUUCCUCACUAUAAUGUCAGUUUGAAUAUGUGUAGCCCCAUACUACUUAUGCUUAAACAAAUUACCUGCUAAUCUUUUUGUUUGCAGGCUAGACUGCA